GGCCUCCAGAUGGCUGACGUCUAUCUUGUGUUGCCCCUUAUCUAGUACAAUCCAGCUGAUGUCUUCAAAGCCAUAAGCUGAGUGUUUCGAGGGAUUCUUUGUUGAUGAAGAGAUACUACCGCCAAAGCAAUGCAAGGAGGCAUUUCAUGUCAAAAGCUAUUCUUACAGCAGUUAUUGCACAUGCAAUUUCAUGAGUUACUCAUCGCAACGCGAUGGAAAACCCACGCCAAGUCAAGACUGGUGAACGACCGACUGCGCAACUCGACACGCUGGCUCCUCUGAUCCGUCAGUGUUUGGAAGAGAUGUCAAACACACAAACCCUACUAUCUUCUACUAGGAAAGAACUGCUGAUAGAACGCGAAAGAAUAAAGACAGCUGGCCGCGAAGUUCGGCAAAAACGAGAUGAGGCUGGUAAUGCCGAAGUCGGAUUUAUGAAUUGUGUACGAGAUUUUGUCAAUAGUCAUUUGGAACAGCUGCCGACUACUCUCCUCAAUGCUUACGAGAAGGUCGAACGAACACGUGAUAACCUAGGGGUAGCGGAGGAGAACUAUUUGCAAGCCGAAAGAACUCUAGCUGGCGCCGAAUGGACAUUCAUGAAUCAGGAAGAUCGAUUUUACCAAUUCGACAUCAACAGAAUCCUGUUUGAGACACACUCUGAACGCUCUAUUCCCCUCUACAGUCAACCAUCUGAGGCUACAUCCCAUCCGCCGAUACAUCAUCUUCCCCCUUGUCCGGUAGGAUCGCUGUCUCCAGAUCAAGUCUCAAAAUUACCGCCUCCGCCACCACCUCCGCUUACUGCGGUUCUUCCGCCAACUCGUUUGUCUCUUUAUCCCUGUGCUCCGAUGAUUCUACCCUCCUCAGCUUCUAUCAACGGAAGACAUGUCGCAGUGCUAGAAGGGGUAAGCGCCUUGAAGAAAGAACUUGGUCAAUUAUGGCAAAGGGAGAGCGAUGAGUCGGUAUGGGCCCAGGGAGAUGAAGCGCUGUUUGCUGAAGGAACUGGGAUCCUCGACACAGACAUGACAGCGUCUAGAAGCGAACACAGUGACAUUCUUCUUGAUGUUCUCAGGAGAGGAGAAAAGGCAGAACCACUCGAUACUGAGGACAUGGGUCUGGCCUUAGAGGCUCCAGCUCUGGCUAGAAGAUUUUCGGAUUCGACAUACUCUUCCAGAGCUGUACCAAGACUACCAGUUCCAAUGAGGCGAGCCCAAACGGAAAGCGCUGCUCUAUUCAAUCGCUGUAGUUCCGACAUAACGAAGAAGAUAGAGGAAUGGUCUUUGACGCACCUCAAAGGAAGUGUUAUUCAGAAACGUCUAUACUUGAACACACUUCAAGACAAUGGAUUAGAAGGUUCGAUUGGAAGUGGGCUAGAAGAUUUAGCGACGGAGUUUUGGAGCAAAGAUAGUCUCAACCACACCAGAGACAGCAACGAGCUUCACGCGGCUUUCGCCAACGGAACAGAAUACGAGACUCAGUCUUUGCGUGAUCAAAGCGUCACGCGAAGUAUAGCUCCCUCCCUCUUGAUGCAACAUCGACUAGAAGGCAAUCUACAGUCUACCGAACAGAUGAAGGCGGAGUUGAGAUCUAUCAGGCUACAAGAGAUGAUGGAAAAGAGUGGUCAGGAUACUUCGCAAACAGUGCCUCUGUCGUCAUCACCGUCACCGUCACUGGAUGAUCAGACGUCGGACGAACUAGGAUGCAACGACAGGAACAAAACACCGGAUCCAGCCGUGGGCGUCUUGUGUGAUCAGCGAAACUUACUCAAGGAUAGCCACUCGUCCGAUGUUGUCGUAAACCAGCCAAAAUGUACUUGCCUGGCUGAAUUCGGCGAUGCAGCGCAACGAAAAGAUAGUGUCCAAAGCACCCAUCACCCCGAAUGCGAGAUGGCGGCCAAGCAUGGUGGUCAUAUCACGGCAUAUCGCUCGUCACGAGAGCGAAUUGACGUCGAGAGCAUUACAAAAGCAACAACGUUAGAUGGUCGUUGCAGCCGUACACGUCCAAAUCACUCAGUCGACCUAAAGGUACAACAUGCUUCGAAAUCUGACUACGGAUCAAAUACACGUACUCAGCCGGACUUCGAUAUCUAUGCGCAGGCAUCUUCAGUGCUACCCACAACCAUCACCAAAGAGAAUGUGCAGUUUACAGCAAGUCCAACCAUGGCCCAUUCUAAACCAGUCCCUGGAGCUCGUAGGAAUUCGAUUGCUUGGGUCCGACGCCUUUUCCCUCAAUUCAAGUACAAGCGAAGUAAGAGUUCUCCUUCUAUUGGGGACUAUCAUUCAGCUGCUCAUGCAUGAAGGCAGCCGGUGGCGUAGCAACGUUGUCUGCCUUCGUGGUGAGAUGUCAUUCGUAUCAUUUCUCGGACAUUUUUCCCGUUCUCCUCGUCGAUACAUGUCAUCUAUUAUUGUUUCAAUAUUGUAACAUUUAACGAAUCACGACGGUAAUUUUACGUUUUCGUUCUACAGCCGCACUUUCGGAACGACUUUACCGGGCACGAAAUUCGCUUUGGGGUGGUGAUUGGUUCAUAUAUAUACACUUCAAAUCCUUCAAUGCAUCUGUCGGCCCACCAGUACUGUAUACCAGU